AUGGCCCCCACCCAAAAGAAAAAGACUGGCGGCAAGCGUUCAGCCCUGAAGGAUGUUGUAACGCGGGAAUAUACAAUCCACCUCCACAAACGUGUACAUGGGCGUAGUUUCAAGAAGAGGGCACCAUGGGCCAUAAAAUCGGUUGUCGACUUCGCUCAAAAAGCGAUGGGAACCACGGAUGUUCGCCUGGACCCAGCACUGAACGCUCAGAUUUGGGCUCGCGGUAUCAAGAGCGUUCCGCAUCGACUUCGGGUGAAACUUGAGCGCAAGCGUAACGACGAGGAGAACGCGAAAGAGAAGCUCUUCACUUAUGCGUCCUAUGUGCCUGUCACGUCCUUUCACGGGCUGCAAACUACUGUAGCCGACACGGAGUAG